GCGUGGAAAACUCGCCGGGAAUUUCCCAGCACCCGAAAUAUCAAUUUGUUCUGGUGGCUCCGGGGCUGCGAAAUCGCUUCUCCCCGAGCGCACAGAUCUGGCUGGGACGGUCAUGGCACCUUCAAAUGGGAAUUUUCCCCCUGUUUUCUUGCUCCUGCUGGUUGCUGUUCCCAAUUCCUCGGGAUUGGAAUGCAGGGAACACCAAUACCCUUACCGGGAUAAAUGCUGCAGUGACUGUGCCCCGGGGCAGAGGAUGAGGAACCGCUGCACGGCCACGGCAGACACGGAGUGCAUCCCCUGCCAGGACGAGUAUUUCAGCAGUGAGCACCACCACAGCUUCUGCAACAGCUGCACAGUCUGCAACACCAAGAGGGGGAGCGUGGAAGUGAAGAAGUGCGAGAAGACCUCGGACAGGGUGUGUGUGUGCCGGGCAGGGUUCAUGCCAGCUGGGCUGCCCCUGGGAAGUGUGUGUUCACCGUGUCCUGAGGGGACUUUCUCCCCAGGAAGGAACGAGAAGUGUCAGCCUUGGACCAACUGCAGCAGCCUCGGGAAAAGCACCCAGAGAGCAGGGACAGAGGCCCAGGAUGCUGUUUGCAGCAACCCUGUCCCACUGCCAGAGAUUCCUAGGACUGCAACCCCUGCCUGGAAUGUCCUCAGCACUUCCCCCAGGGAUAACAGGGAGAACAACAGCUCCACUGCUGGGAUUUCCUCCCCACCCAGCCCUGGGGAAGGUCCUUCCAUCUGCCCGGAUCCCACUGACCCCACAGACACCAACUGGGGUUCUCUCUCCCUCCUCCUGCUGUGUCUGAUCCUGCUCAUGGUGAGUGGAAUGUCCAUCCUGCUGCUGAUUAUCCAAGCAACCAGAAAAGAGACCAAGGGGAGGCCUCGUGGGAGCAACAACCAGAGAAUGAUGUGA